AGCCGCUGCCGGGGAGGGCCGUGCCGCCCCCGGGCGCGGUGUCGGGUUACCCGGGCCGGCUCCGCCGCCGCGGGGGCCCGCGGGAGCCGCGGCGCCCUGCGCCGCCGGCCGCGCAGCGCACGGUAUGUCGGGCCGGUGACUUCAGCCGGGAGAUAUUUGGAGGCUCCGCGGGGUCCGGCGCGGGGGGCCAGCGUGUGUUUGGGUCUGAAAGCGAAUCAGCGGAGGGCGCGUCACUGCCAAAGGGCCCUAUAAAUCCAUCUGCGGCGCAGAGGCGCCCUGGCAAAGCCCCUGCGUCCGCGCGUCCGGCUGCGCGCUCCCCUCCGCCCGCGGGAGCGGCGCCCCCCGCGCCUCGCCUCGCCCCGCGCCGCCCCCGCGCCCCGCGCAGCCCCGGCGGCGCCCGGGGAGCCGGCGCGCCCACGCCGAGCCGGGGCCGCAGGAGCGGCGCUGCCCGGCCCGGCCUGCCGCCGCCGCCGCCGCCGCGCUGGGACCUAAGGCUUCGCCGCGACGGGAGCCCCGACCGGAGGACGCCUCGCCGCCGCCGCCGCUCCGGCCCCGCACACCCCAGCGCCGGCCGCCGACCCUCCCGGCGGGCCGAGGGCGGCUGUUUCGUGCCACUCCAUUUUUCCCUGCCCUCUCAGCGGGGGCUUUUCCCCCGCCGCGGCGUGCGUGCCCGAGCGGUGCGCGGCUCCCCGUUCGGCCUGGACCAGCUGGCGUUGCAGGAGCCCUGAUGUCUUCAUCUGACUCCCCGCAGUUGCCGAUGGAGUGUCUUUCUCAGAUUUCCAGGCAGGGUCCCAAGAGCAGCACCCAGAGCCAGCUCUCGCUGCCAGGCGGCGCUCCCCGCGGCUCGGGCUGCUGCUGCCGCCGCUGCUGAGCGCGGCCCCGGCGCCGGAGCGGGGCGAGACCCCGCGGCGUCGCUCCUGCCGCGGCCACAGCACCUGCGGCGGCGGCGGGGGAGGCCGCGGGGCUUGUGCCGGCGGCUCCCCUCUGCCUCCGUCGAGACUUGCGAACUCGCCCCCCUCCCCCCCGCGCAAGGAGGGUCCCGGCGGUCGGCCCCCGACCUGGCCCACAUGCAUCUCCCGUCCGGCCGCUCGGCGUCCUGGCGUUAAUGUCCGUCUCGGGUCCGACGAGACCAGCUCGGAGGGGCCCGUGUUGGAAGGAGAUCUAAGAUGAAGUUAUGGGAUGUUGUGGCUGUCUGUGUGGUGCUGUUCAACACGGUCUCCACCUCGCCCCUGCCCACCGGUAAGACGCCUCCCGAGGGGCCCCCUUCACUGGUAGAGGGGCCUGAAGACGAUCUCUCCCCCAUCAGCCUGCCGCCUCCCUAUGCUGUGCACAGUGACUCUAAUAUGCCAGAGGAUUAUCCAGAUCAGUUUGAUGAGGUAGUGGACUUUAUUCAAGCCACUAUUAAAAGACUGAGGAGGUCUCCAGAUAAACAAACUCCGAUUUUUUCUAGGCGGGAGAGAAAUCGGCAAAAUGCAGCCACAAACAUAGAGAAUUCCAGCAAAAAGGGAAGGAGGAAUCACAGGGGCAAAAAUCGAGGAUGUGUCUUAACAGAAUUACAUUUAAAUGUGACUGACUUGGAUUUGGGAUAUGAAACCAAAGAAGAGCUCAUUUUCCGGUAUUGCAGUGGAUCCUGUGAUGCAGCCGAGACCACGUAUGACAAAAUUUUAAAAAAUUUAACCAAAAAGAAAAAACUGGUCAAUGACAAAGUGAGGCAAGCUUGUUGCAGACCCACAGCCUUUGACGAUGACCUGUCAUUUUUGGACGAUAACUUGGUUUACCAUAUACUGAAAAAACAUUCCGCAAAAAGGUGUGGAUGCGUCUGACUAUUGUGCUUUGGAGAUUGCUCCAGUAUUGCAUUCCUGCUACAAUGCGAAGAGAGGGACCAAGGUUCCCAAGGAAACAUCUGCUCGGAACGGAGAAAAGAGGACCAAGAACGCAGAACAAGUGGUCAUGGGAGCCCAGUGGGGCAUGAGGCAGUGUAGAAAAACGGAGGCUCUUUAAGUCCGAUGGGAAAGUAAAUAAAAGCUCAGGUGGCGUUCCCGACGGUUGGAUGGCGUGUGCGCUCUCUUUCCUGUUUGACACAGUCUGCCAUCGGUGAGACUUGGAUCCAUGAGGAACGUGCUUAAAAACACAACCCUUCACUGCCGUGUUGUGUUGUAGCUUUCACCAUCCGUCCCAGGGAGCUUGCCCGAGGAGCAAGCUUACCUGUCAGCUGUGCCAUCAGCUUCGCUAUUGCUCAUUGGAGGGCAGCUCCUAAGCACUUAGGACAACUUUUAAAUUAUAGUAAGAUUAAUCUCAAAAGUAAGGUGGUAUCAGGCAAAUAUCAAAAUUCAUAGGCUCAAGGUCUCUAGGGCCAGUAUCAAUAGAAAGCAAAACAGUUCCACUUGCUGGUUAAGUCUGGUUAUUUCCAUCUCAUAUUUCUUCAGAACAAUCAAGUGUAGGAUUUCAUUCUUCUGCUACCUAUGAAAAGAAGUUGAGUUUUUAAGCACUUCUUCCUACUAAAGUAAGAGAAAAAGCAAGUCCUGGCCUACACAAAACAUGUUUCUUUUGGUUUACAAAGGACUGAUGUCACUUACAUAACUACAUUUAUAUUUGGUCAUUGUGAGUGAGCAGAGACUACUUGAUGCAAUGCAUCCGUUCAGAGACAUAAAUAUACAGAAGAUAUUUAUUGAGAUUAAGUUAUUGUUAUUUAUUACAGUCAGUAAUGAGUCUCCUUUCCUUAUUUAUUAAAGUUUCUUUUCAAAGGUGCCAAAGUAGAAGGUGCUUGGAAGAUACAGAGAGACAAUUAAGUUGGGAACAACGGUCCAUGCUUUUGAAAGUAUUAACUUGAAUGCAAAAAAUCACUUACUUUACCUUUUUUUCUUUUAAACAAAAUCCUGGUUAUGUUCACAAAAUGUAGUACCAAAGUCUGCAGCCCUUCUUCUUGUUCACUAAUACUUUUCAAAAUCACUACGGUCGUGUAUGUACAGGAGCAAAAAGGGCUCCGCCCGAGCGAGGGUCGCAGAACUUGGCUCAUCAUUAGCAAUUUGUUAGAAAAAAUAAUUCUAGUCAUAUUUUAAAUGUAGCCACAUUCUUUUCACAUGUUUUGCCAACUGACCUCAUAUAAAUAUUGACGAAUGGAAAUUAAUCACAUUUAGCCUUAUAAUUUCUUAUGUUAUGUUUAUUUAAGUUUUUCCUUCCAUAUUUCCAUAUAGGAAAGGUUAAACCCCUCUUAUAGUUAGUCCUGGAUUUAAUAUAACCUGCAAGUAAACAAUUGUGUUAAAUAACCAAAGUGUUUUGUAUAAUUUGCUGAAACAUUACAGGAUCAUACCCACACAGAAGAACAGUGAGUUUCUCUCUAGAACGUUUCUUUAUGAUGAGGGAGGUUAUACAGCAAAAGCAUUAAUAUCUAACCCUUAAUGCAAGCUCUCGUUCUGGAGAUUUCUUUCCUGAAGGACAGCAGCAGUGCAGGUCACUAAACAUAUCUAACAACUGAAGUGAAGCAUCAACUCCCGCAAAAAGAAUAGGAAAAAAAAUUCCUGCUGAAAAACAAAAAUGAUGACCCCAGCUUUUAUUCCAUGCACACAGUGGCUCUUCAUGUUCGCUUUGUCCUGAGCCCCUCCAGGCACCACAGAGGAAGGUCUCGUCACCAGAAACUUCACAACACACAUAAAAAGAUGUACCACACGUAAGAAACGUAAUUCAGCCCCAACCAUCGCUGCUUUCUGGGGCUGGUGGGUGGCACCGAGCCAGCCUGAGUGCCAGCCCGCGGGCACAGCCCUGCCCCGGGGCCUCCCCGAGGCGCAGAGCACCCCAUCCAGCACUGCGACCGUCCCAUGUAACCUCUGUGUGGGACAGGGCAUGGCAAGCCUAGUAUCACCAGCAUCUGCAUACUUUGCAUAGUAAAACCCCGCUAAGCCUGGGCACAGCUGCACUGCUGAGCAGAUCAGUUGAGCGCAGCAGUCAGAGAUAAGCUUUUUGCUUAUUGCCUGAAUAUAGUACUGGUUGUUGAAAACUUGCUCCCAAGCAUUUUUCUGUGCAGCUUGAAGGGGCUGCAAUCAUAGCAGAUCACUACGUUCAAAAUACAAAAGGGUAAAGUUUGUGAUUUUUUUUAGACCUUAUUGAAAACAGGAGUGUGCUUCUCUGGAGUUUUUUACUUCACCUACAAUUUAUGUCUCAGUCAUUUGUGUUAAUCAACCAAAGUUCUCUACAGACUUUAUUUUUGUACAAUAUUCAUUUUAUAACUUUUUACAAAAUAAAACUCAUUUCUAUUGUUA